AUGAUAACAAACUUUGACAUGUUUUGUAAACAAAAGCAUAAAACGCGUAAGAAACCGGCAGUCAAUGCGCUCAUGGCGGACUUGAGUGAUCUAAGUGAUGAUGAUUUAGAGUCACUAUUGGAAAAUAAUGUUAACCGGAGUGUCAAUCAAACGGUUACGCGACACCGUAUUCCUGUUCAAAGGGAUCUGUUUAUGAAUGUUUUACCCAACCAGCAAACUUUCUAUGAAGAAACACAUACUGAUGUUAGCUACGGACCCACCCAUCACCAAUUAAAUGAGGAAAAUUUGGACGAAUACAUAUACCCAACUAAUUAUGAGGUACGGCAAUACCAAUAUGAUAUUGUACGAUGUGCCCUAUUCGAGAACGUUUUGUGUGCUAUUCCUACCGGUACUGGUAAAACGUUUAUCGCGAGCACUGUGAUGUUGAACUACUACAGAUGGACAAAGAGCUCCAAAAUUAUCUUCACAGCACCAACAAGACCAUUAGUUGCACAACAAAUCAAGGCAUGUCUUGGUAUCACAGGUAUUCCGUAUUCCGAUACUGCCAUUUUGUUAGAUAAAUCAAGAAAGAACAGAGAGGAAAUUUGGCAGCAGAAAAGAGUAUUCUUCACCACACCUCAAGUAGUUGAAAAUGACCUUAAACGAGGUGUUCUCAAUCCAAAAGAUGUUGUUCUUUUGGUCAUCGAUGAAGCUCACAGGGCCAGAGGAAAUUAUGCAUACGUCGAACUUACGAAAUUUAUAGAUAGGUUUAAUACCAGCUACAGGCUUUUGGCUCUAACUGCUACUCCCGCUGCUGAUUUAGAAGGUGUUCAGGAAGUGGUGAAUAAUUUGCACAUAUCAAAGAUCGAACUUCGAACUGAAGAUAGUCUGGAUGUUGCUAGAUAUAUGAUGAGAAGGGAUAGAGAAAUGAUUGAAAUUGGGCUCAUACCAGAAAUCGAAGAAGUGGUAGAACAGAUUGGGAUUGCCAUCGCACCAGUACUUCAAGAAGCUAUUCAACUUGGAAUUUAUGAAAGUUGCGAACCUCAUCAGAUCAACGCGUUUGUAGCGAUGCAGCAGAGUCAAAAGAUUAUUUUAAAUCCUUCAAUACCCGAAGGUCUGAAGUGGAAAAACUUCUUCAUCUUGCAAUUAUUAAGUCAGGUAGGCCACAUGUACCGUCGGUUAAGAAUAUAUGGUUUGAGAGCAUUUUACAAUUACUUCCAGAACAAAUACACUGAAUUUACUACGAAAUAUAGUAUGAAGAAAUCUACAAAUAAAACAGCUGCAAAUUUCUUCUAUAGUCCAAUCUUAAAGACAGUCAUAGACAAGUGUAAACGGAGGUUAGAGGAACCUGAGUUUUAUAGCCAUGAAAAAUUGGAGUACUUGAAUAAUGAGUUAGCGGACUUCUUUACCAUGGCUCCCUCUGACUCUAGAGCUAUUAUCUUUACGGAAUUAAGAGAGUCAGCUUUAGAAAUCGUGAAAUCAAUUGACAUCUUGAACGAUGGUGCUUUAAGACCGCAUAUUUUCAUCGGGCAAGCCAAGGGGAAGGAGCAUUUUGAUGAAGAAACGUAUAUCAGAAAGAAUAAACCUAAGGGAAGGACUAAAGCUGCUCGGUUGCGGCGCAUAGAGGAAGAGAAUCGCGUUGAGGAAGAGAAAAAGAGACAGAAGGAGCAAGCAAAACUCGAAAGAACUGGCAGAAGAACUGGUAGUUCUGAAGAAGCCCAGCUGUCUGGUAUGAAUCAAAAACAACAGAAAAAAGUUAUUUCUGAUUUCAAGAAGGGUAUAUAUAACGUCUUAGUCUGUACUUCGAUCGGUGAAGAAGGAUUAGAUAUCGGUGAAGUUGAUUUAAUCAUAUGUUUUGAUAGUACAAGUAGUCCUAUUAAGAACAUUCAGCGUAUGGGUAGAACUGGUAGAAAAAGAGAUGGUAGAAUUGUUCUUUUGUUCAGUGGGAACGAGAAGUUCAAGUUCGAACAAGCGAUGAACGAUUAUGAAAACUUACAAACUGCCAUUACCCAUAAUGCAUUGGAGUAUACGAAAUCAGAUCGUAUCUUACCACCAAACGUGCAGCCGAAAUGUGAAGAGAAGUUCAUCAUCAUUUCAAAUGAAAAUGAUGAAGUGAAUAAACUUGAGGAUUCCGACGAAGUGAUCAAAUAUGCUACACAAGCAAUGCUCGGUAAAUUGAAGACCAAAAAGAAGGAACCGAAACCCAAGAAAACAACCGCGAAGGCGAAAAAGAGUUCAGAUAAGACUUUCUUCAUGCCUGAUAACGUUAAAGAAGGUUUUACUUCGGCUUCAAGUUUGUUGAAUAAGUAUACAAUCAACGAAUUCGGUGAAAAGAUCAGCCUUACACCAUCCGUGUCGAAAAAGGCCAUCAAACCUAAGAAAGAAUGGAACAUGUUAGAUGAAAUCGAGUACGACUCUGUAGAGAUAUCACCAGCUAAAAGUCAAGUGGAACAGCCUUCACAACCACAUAAGCCAACCACAACGCAGGGAAUCUUAACACCGGAUGAGACUACCAACCACAUCCCAUCUGCGUCACAAGGAUCCUCGGUACAGACGGAUUCACAUACUGUUCAAGAACCAGUACUGAAAAAACUGAAACUCGCGCACCAAAUCGAAGAUCCUAGUACUAGUAUUGAGUACUACAGCGGCUAUGAGUUGGUCCCCCAAUACGGCGCUACAGAUUCAGCUCAAAUGCUCACCAUGCAAGAACAGAGACAUUUCCUAAAAAAAUAUGUACCGGACACUGUGCACUGGAGCAUUGCGCCAGACUUAGCGAAGAGUAAGACGAGAAAAAUACGCCACGUACCCAAGAUAGAAGAAAUCCUGAAUACAUGCCAAGACAUGCAUACGAACACAAGAGAAAAGAUUAUCGGAAUGAACAGAACCAAUGCCCUAGCAAGAAGUAUUGGUUACAACCGUAGCGUAGGAAUGGAACUCGAAGUAAUGUUGCCUUCAAUUGUUGUUCCGAAUGAAACUAUAACAAACGCCAAAAACAUGACUGAUCUUCUCGAAGAUGAAGACGGUCUAUCAGACUUUCUAUCCGAUUAG